AUGUCAUUUGAUCCAGCCAACCUUGAUCCCAUUGCGGAUGAGUCUGUUCUUAUCACUGGUGGUUCAUCUGGGUUGGGCCUUGCCACAGCCCGUGCUUUUGUGGCCUCGGGCGCAUAUGUGACCAUUGCAGAUAUUCAGCCGCCUCCCGAAAAUGCAUUUGGCGAUGGACAGCACCGCGUCAACUUUUCUCUUUGCGGUGUGACAGACUCUGCGUCGCAGACUGAAGCUUUCAAAGCGGCGAUAAAGUUUGCUCCAAGCCAUAUUCUUGAUGUUGUUGCCCUUUUUGCUGCCGUGGACGAUUCACCCAACCUGGUCGAUCUCGGUUCGUCUAAUGGCAAUGGGCCAAAUCUAGACAGCCUGAGCAUAAAGUGUCUGGAUGUGAACUUGAAGGGAAUCUAUUACUCAACCUAUCUCGCCUUGCAUUACUUGCAGCAGCCCGAAUUGGCGCCCUCUUCUCAAACGUCCGGCUCGGGCAAUCGCUCGACGAAGUCACUGAUUUUGCUCUCUUCAUUGGGUGGCUACCUCGAUGACAGUCACGACAGUAUCUAUUCCGCCACCAAGUACGGCAUUCGAGGCCUCUUCCGCAGCAUUCGACUGCGAUCAUACAAUGAACUGCAUGUGCGCUGCAAUUUGAUAGCACCAUGGGUCAUUAGAACACCGUUGACUGUGCCUCUCCAAGACUUCAUGGACAAGAGCGGAAUGCCUGAAGGAAAGGGAUUGACCUUUGCAACAGUGGAUGCUGUUGUUGAUGCUGUGGGUCGGUGUGCCGUAGAUGAGAAUGUUGUUGGUCGCUCAAUUGCUGUUAUGCCUGAAGGCAACUUUGACCUCGGUGAUGAUGAAGAAGGACUCUGGGCAGGUGCAGCAUUGAAGAAAAUUGUCCAGGCAAGAAAGGAUGCUGGAAAUGUGAUUGUUUGAUGAGUACAUCUUCUCAGUAGGACAUAUAGCGAC